AUGGCUCUGGACAGCAAGCGGAAGGAGCUGCUGUUGGGAACGCUGAAGGAGCUUGGGGAGGACGACUUCGAGGAAUUCAAGUUCUUUUCGGACCUGCCUCAAAGCGUACAAGAAAACCCCCGCCGGGUGAACAUUGCUAACGCGCUGGUGAAGAAGCACGGCGAGAAUACUCUGGAGGAGACCAUCAAAAUUCUGGAAAAGAUUGGUAACAAGAACUUGGCCGAGAAGUUGCGUCGCAACGUGCUGGAAAUAAAAGGCGCCGUCUUCUCCGUCCAUGAUGAUGAUCAUAUUGACAGAUUGAAGGCAGACCUGCAAGAAAAGCUGCAUAGUAUAUACAGCUUUGUUCCCGAAGGCAACACCGAGCACUGGCAGCAGCAGCCUCUGGCCGACGUCUACACGGAGCUGGACGUCACCUACGGGGCCGACGUCAGGCCCGACGAGCGACACGAGGUCCUUCAGAUGGAGACGCGUACCUCCGCGGCCAAGAAGUCUAUCCUGCCGUGCGAUAUUUUCAAAAGCCAUGACGGGCAGCCGCGACCGAUACGCACACUGCUCACCGUUGGCUUCGCGGGAAUCGGGAAAACCUUCCUGGUUCAAAAGUUUGUGUGCGACUGGGCCAGCAGGAAUAAAAACCAGGACGUACACUUCAUAUUUCCCUUCACCUUCCGCGAGUUGAACACUGACGAAGGGAAAAACUUUACGCUGGCCAAGCUCAUCCGAUGCUACGUUUAUGACCUGCACAAGUCCGGGAUACGGGACUACGAAAGCAGCCGGAUCAAGAUCUUGUUUGUUUUGGACGGACUGGACGAGUGCAAGUUCAAAAUGGACUUGAAGAAUGAGAUGAAAGUAGACCUAGACGUGACGGAGGCCUACCCGCUGGAGAUACUCCUGGCGCACGUCAUCAAGAGGAACCUGCUUCCGUGCGCCCGGGUUUGGAUCACUACACGGCCCGCGACGGCCCGCGAUAUCCCUUCCGACCUCAUCGACAGCAGAACCGAGGUGAGAGGAUUCAGUGAUUCCCAAAGGCUGGAGUACUUCAGGAAAAAGUUUCAAAAUGAGGAGCGUGUCGUUGAGCACAUCCGGAAAACUCGCACCAUCUUCAUCUUGUGCCACCUGCCCAUCUUCUGCUGGCUCACCGCCACAGUUCUUCAGGAUCAUUUGGACAAAGGGAAGGACGGAGAGCUGCCCACAACGCUGACAGACAUGUGCUCGGAGUAUGCUUUUAACCAGCUGGACAAGUCCAAGGAGAGACAGGCGACCGAGUACGCCGAUUACGUGAAAGCGCUAGCAAAGCUGGCCUUUCACCACACUAUGAGUAAGCAACAGAUCUUCUACGAGAAGGACCUGGCGGACAGCGGUUUUGAUUACAGACAAGCCGCAAAACACUCCGGAAUAUUCACCGAGGUGUUUAAGGAGGUCCGUCCGCUCAGAAGAAACCAACAGGGCAAGAUGUUUCAGUUCGUCCAUCUGACCAUGCAGGAGUAUAUGGCCGCAUUCCACGUGAUGAUUUGCCUGUUCCACGACAACAAAAACAUACUGGAUGAUUCAGAGCAUGCAUUGGAAUGUGCUCCCCAAGAAGAAGAACAAUCAAAUUUGUUAGAAGAAACAGAAUCAGAAGAUGGAGAAAAAGAAUCAGAAGAAGAAACGGAGGAUGAAUGGGAUUGGAAAAUCACUGAGGUUCACCGGUCAGCUCUGCAGAAAGCCUCGGAGAGUGAAGGAUACCUGGACAUGUUCAUCCGCUUCCUCCUUGGCCUUUCCUUGCCGUGCAACCAGGAACUAGUGGGGGAACUUCUGAAGGCUCCUCAGGACUGCAGGCAAAACAAGUCAAAGACAGUCAAGUUGAUCAAGCAGAGAAUAAAACGGAACACUCCAGAGAAGAACAUCAACUUGUUCUACUGCCUAAACGAGCUGAAGGACGACUCUUUGCUGAAGCAGUUUCAGAUAAAGAAAAAUAGUUCACGAAUAAUUGACUGGGACGACAUGCCAAAUGACAUGUGGUCAGCCUUGGUCUUCUUCUUACUGACAGACGACAAAACCAUGAAGUCCUUUCGCCUGGGGUAUUAUUCCCCAUCGCCUUUGGGGCUCGAGAAGCUGUUGGUGGUGGUCAAGGCUUCUGAAGAAUCAGAUCUAAGAGAGUGUGGCCUGGACAAAGGCAGCUGUCACCUGCUGGCUUCCGUUCUCAGCUCUCCAUCCAACCUGAAGCAUCUGGACCUGUCCGAGAACCAUCUGUCAGACGAAGGGGUGGAGAUCCUCUCGAAAGGACUGGCCAGCCCAAACUGCAUCUUAGAGUCCCUCACUCUAAUCGGUUGUAACCUGGACAAAGGUAGCUGUCACCUGCUGGCUUCCGUCCUCAGCUCUCCAUCCAACCUGAGGCAUCUGAAUCUGAGCUGGAACGAUCUGUCGGACAAAGGGGUGGAGAUCCUCUCAAAAGGACUGGCCAGUCCACGCUGCAAAUUGGAGUCCCUCACUCUAUUCGGUUGUAACCUGGGCAAAGGUAGCUGUCACCUGCUGGCUUCCGUUCUCAUCUCUCCAUCCAACCUGAGGCAUCUGGACCUGAGCUAUAACAUACUGUCAGACGAAGGGGUGGAGAUCCUCUCGAAAGGACUGGCCAGCCCAAACUGCAAAUUAGAGUUUCUCAAUCUAAAUGAUUGUGGCCUGGAAAAAGGCAGCUGUCACCCGCUGGCUUCCGUUCUCAGCUCUCCAUCCAACCUGAGGGAUCUGUGCCUGUCCGAUAACAAAGUGUCGGACGAAGGGGUGGAGAUCCUCUCGAAAGGACUGGCCAGUCAACACUGCAAGUUAGAGUCCCUCAAGUAA